AUGGCUUAUCACGAAAUUGCAGCCCAAGAAUCAUGGUUCGAUGGCGAGCACGUCUACGUGGAUAUCAAUAGCCUAUUCGAGGCUCUUCCGCCGACAGAAACCCUUGUCUUGACGAAUAUCGCCUUCGAAUCCGAGACUUGGCGACCAUACAGCUCGGCAUUGAAAGGACUUGAAUCCCUCACUCUCACGGCUCCUGCGUCUUCGUCAAUUGGACUCUGGCAUUUGCUCAGUGAAUGUGCUGGGCUCAAAUGUCUUCGCCUACAGGGAGACAUUGAAGUAACAGACGCUCCGCUUCCUUUCGACACUGCUCUAGAAACCAUUCAGAUACUUCAAGUUGAGAGCCUGAUAGAUUUCUGCAAGGAACAAAAUCCUCCUACAUUUCCCAACCUCAGGGAACUGACCAUAAUCGAUUUUGACAAUGGCCCAUACAUCCAUCAAUUCUUGUCAGUCAACUCGACAAUCGAGCGAUUCAGUGUCUGGUCACCGAUCACAUAUAACUUCGACUUCCUCUCUCGAUCCCUACCGCACCUCCGCAAGGCACUCCUCUGCGACAUCAAUUUAUCAACCCUCUAUGCCGCCUCCUCGGGUACGGAGUGGAAUCUCAAGCAACUGCAGGAACUCAUUGUCUACUUCUUUGACCAGACUCUGGACCCUGAAGAGGUUGAACGAGUCAUUCAGAAUCGCAUGCUGCGCAUGUCGUUGUCAGACUCAGUAGUGUCACUCAGAGAAUUCCGCUUGAGGCUUCCUCUGACUAUGGUGGAUGUAGUAAACACCCCUCGGUGGCAGAAUAGCCGACUUCUUGUAUGCGCGGAUGUUGAGACUCGCGGAGAAUUUGUCCAGUACAUUUGGAAAAUUGACAGGUUACAGUGA